AUGCGACGCGCGCUUCACGUCGCCGCGGCGACGUGCGCGGACCGCGCUCGCGCCCACACCGGUCGCGUCGCGCUGCACGACCUCGCGCGUCGCGACGCGCGCCUUCGCUGGUCGUCGUCGUCGUCGUCGUCGUCGUCGUCGUCGUCGUCGUCGAGCGCGCGCGCGAUCCUCCGAGAUUCCGGAAGAGGGUUCGCGUCCGCCGCGGACCUGACGCACGUCGACGCGUCCUCCGGGGACGCGACCAUGGUCGACGUCGGGGACAAGCCGAUCACGACGCGCGUCGCGACCGCGUCCGCGAAAGUCUUGCUGGGAAAACGCGCGUUCGACGCCGUGCAAAAGGACGGCGUCGUCGGCAAAGGGAACGUCCUCGCGGUCGCGCAGAUAGCUGGCAUCAACGCCGCGAAGCGCGCGUCGUCGCUGAUACCGCUGUGCCACACCCUCCUCCUGCACAAGGUGUCCGUGGACUUCACGCUGCACCCGGGUGACCACUCGGUGCGCGUGCUAACGAGCGCGAAGACGGACGGGCGGACGGGCGUGGAGAUGGAGGCGCUCACGGCAGCCGCCGUCGCGGGAUUGACCGUGUACGACAUGUGCAAAGCGCUGAGGUGCGUUCUAUACAAAAGUUUUUCACCCAUUGUCCGGUUUCAACAUUUGAUCGUGUCCCAUUUCAACUGA